AUGCCAGAAUUCAAACUCGAGUACGAGUCACAACUGGACGCUUUCCACCCCUCCUACCGCUGGGAAACCCAGGAGCCGCAAGAUGACUGGAAGGCCGCAGCCCUCCGAGGCCCCGCCUUGCCAGUCUUAGGAAAUGCCGUCGCAGGUGCCGUAGGCUCAGCAAUCUCCAGUGUCAUCGUAUACCCCCUCAGUGUGAUCGUUGCGCGACUACAGACACAACAAAAGAAAGACAAAUCAAAGGAAGGUUCCUCCGACGAUGAUGACGAGGAAGAAUACAAGGGUAUCGUCGAUGCUGCAUAUAAAAUCUAUCUGGAACAAGGAAUUGCGGGAUUUUACCCAGGUCUGGCGCAGGAUACCUUCAAGACCGUCCUGGAUUCAUUCCUCUUCUUCCUCGCCUACAAUACGGUCCGACAAAAGCGGAUAGUAGCCCGCGUAGGCGCGGCCAAGGCCGCAAAGAAUAAGAACAUCGUUCUUCCGAUCCUCGACGAACUGGCCGUCGGCGUGGUCGCCGGUUCGUUUGCGAAAUUAUUUACCACGCCGCUGUCAAAUAUCGUCACGCGGAAGCAAAUCGCCGCGCGCAAGGCGGGGAAGGGUAAAGAGGACAAUCAAGAAAUGUCAACCAGCGACAUCGCAGCGCAGAUUAGGGCCGAGAAGGGCAUUCGUGGCUUUUGGUCCGGAUAUUCAGCCACGUUGAUCCUGACUCUGAACCCAUCUAUAACAUUCUUCCUGAACGAAGUCCUCAAAUACGCCCUUCUAUCGCGUGCGAAGCGCGAGCGCCCUUCUGCCGCGGUGACGUUCCUACUUGCCGCGUUGAGUAAGUCCGCCGCGUCGUCGAUUACAUACCCAUUCUCUCUUGCGAAAACGAGGGCGCAGGCGUUGAGUUCGUCGCGGAAGGCUGCCGGGGUGAAGAGCUCGAGCUCGGUUCUUUCCGCCGUCACGCCGAAGAUUGUUUCUACUGUUGGGACGAUCGCGCGAACGGAAGGCAUCUCGGCCCUUUAUGCUGGUCUUGCUGGUGAGGUCUUGAAGGGCUUUUUCUCUCAUGGAUUCACCAUGUUAGCUAAAGAUGCUGUCUAUGCAUCUAUUGUCAAGGGAUAUUACUUCCUUCUGAUGCUAUUCCGCCGCUACCCAUCCCCAGACGAACUUAUUCAGCGCGCGCGAGAACAAGCAGAGGAAUUCGGAGAAGUUGCGCGCGAAGGCGCUCGUGAUUUAGUCGAGAGCACGAAAGAGGGUGCAGAGCAGGCUCUCACCAUCCAUUCCGGCAAUGUCAAUGUUGAUAUCGGUUCUAAUGCUGCGGCCGCGGCCGCGGCGUCUGCAGCAAAGGAUGCUAGUGCUGGGCACGGGGUGGAUGCUUCUUCCGGGCUGAAGGUUCCACCUCUUCACGAAGAGAUUAAUGAGACGGCUGAGCUUGUCGGUGACUAUGUUGAGGACGAGACGGCUGAAUGGAAGAGCUUCUAUCAUUGGUUCUGGGAUAAGGAGCGCGCAUAUAAUGCUGGGAAAGAAUGA